AACUAAUCAUUGAUUCCUUUAGCUUAUUUGAGCUCACUUUCUCUUUUAACUCUGUCUCUACCACUUGAAAACAAAACAAAACUCAACACAAGAAACCCAUUACUCUCUUUCUCUGAUGGAGUGAGUAAACCAAAAGAGCUUAACCAUGACUUCUUCUCACACCACCCUGGCCGCCACCUUCUUCUUCCUCCUCUUCUUGGUUUUGGUUUCAGCUGAUUUAGCAUCAGACGAACAAGCCCUUCUCAGUUUUGCAGCAUCAGUCCCACACCCACCAAAACUCAACUGGAACAAGAACCUCUCUCUCUGCUCCUCAUGGAUAGGCAUCACAUGUGAACCCUUCAACCUCACCAGCCGAGUUGUAGCUGUCCGUCUUCCAGGAGUUGGUCUCUACGGCUCAAUCCCACCAGCCACAUUAGGCAAACUAAACGCUCUCAAAGUCCUUAGCCUCAGAUCCAACUCUCUCUUUGGAUCUUUGCCUUCUGAUAUCCUCUCACUCCCUUCUCUUCAGUACCUUUACCUCCAACACAACAACUUCUCCGGCGAACUCACUGAUUCCUUGCCGUCCACGCAGCUUCUUGUCUUGGACUUGUCUUACAACUCUUUCUCCGGUAACAUUCCUUCCACUCUCCGGAACUUGUCUCAGAUCACUGUUCUGUACCUUCAAAACAACUCUUUUGAUGGUCAUAUUGAUUCUCUUGAUAACCCUAGUUUAAAGGUUGUAAACUUGAGCUAUAAUAACUUGAGUGGACACAUCCCUGAGAGUCUUAAGAACUCUCCGGAAGAUUCUUUCGUCGGAAACUCAUUACUAUGUGGUCCACCUCUCUCUCCAUGUUCCUCUACUUCAAUAUUGCCAAGACCUUUGACAGAGAAUCUCCAUCCUAUUCAGAAGAGACAACAGAGUAAAGCUUACAUAAUCGCCAUCGUAGUUGGAUGCUCUGUGGCCGUUCUUCUCCUCGGAGUCCUGUUCUUAGUUUGCCUGAUGAAGAGGACGAAGAGAGAGAAGAAAGGCGGUGAACGAGGGAGAACGCAGAUAGGUGGAGUGAACAGCAAGAAACCAGAGUUGGCUUUUGGGAGCGGAGUUCAAGAUCCGGAGAAGAACAAACUCUUCUUCUUCGAGAGAUGCAAUCACAACUUCGACUUAGAGGAUCUCUUGAAAGCUUCUGCUGAAGUUCUCGGUAAAGGGAGUUUCGGUACAGCUUACAAGGCCGUGCUCGAGGACACGACUGCUGUUGUUGUGAAACGUUUGAGAGAAGUCGUGGCGAGCAAGAAAGAGUUCGAACAGCAACUAGAAGUAGUUGGUAAGAUCAACCAGCAUCAGAACUUUGUGCCUCUCCUCGCUUAUUACUACUCGAAAGACGAGAAGCUGUUGGUUUACAAGUACAUGACGAGAGGAAGCUUGUUUGGUAUCUUACAUGGAAACAGAGGAGGAGACAGAGGAGUGGACUGGGAAACGAGGAUGAAGAUCGCGAGAGGGACUUCAAAAGCAAUCUCUUACCUACACUCGUUAAAGUUCGUUCACGGAGACAUCAAAUCCUCAAACAUACUUCUCACAGACGACCUUGAGCCGUGUCUCUCCGACACGUGUCUAGUCACGCUCUUCAACCUCCCGACUUACACGCCGCGGACCAUCGGUUACAACGCUCCAGAGGUGAUCGAGACGAAGAGAGUCAGCCAGAGAUCAGACGUUUACAGCUUCGGCGUGGUGAUUCUCGAAAUGCUGACGGGGAAGACGCCUUUGACUCAGCCUGGUCUCGAGGACGAGCGCGUAGUCAUCGACCUUCCGAGAUGGGUUCGGUCUGUUGUGAGAGAGGAGUGGACUGCUGAGGUUUUCGAUGUGGAGCUGUUGAAGUAUCAGAACAUUGAAGAAGAAAUGGUUCAGAUGCUUCAGCUUGCGUUGGCUUGUGUGGCAAGGAAUCCGGAGUCGAGGCCGAAGAUGGAUGAGGUUGCGAGAAUGAUUGAAGAUGUGAGGAGAAGUGAUCAGUCUCAGCAGAACAGAACAUCAUCAGAGGCUACUUCUAAUGUCUCUGAAUGAUUCAGAAACAAAAAGACUCUGUUUCUAGAACUAUGUCUCUUUGAUCAAUUGCACUUUUGCGUCUUAUUGAAUGGUGUUGCUAUGAAUCUGUUUCUCUUUCAUUUGAAAUAAUGUCACUUUGUAACGUCGUUUCAUUAAACUUGAAGUAACUAGAGUGAAAUAUUCUACACA